AUGGCCCAAACCAUCACUAAUAAAACUUCCACCAUCACUAAAGGUGCCAAUGUCACAAAACCAGGAUGCCCUAAGCAGUGUGGGAAUGUAACGGUUCCUUACCCAUUCGGUAUUGGCUCAGGUUGUGCUUAUAAUUCGGAGUUUGAAAUCGACUGCGACAUUUAUAUUAAUGGUUCUCAGAAAGCCUUCAUAAGAAAAGACAAUAUUGUUGUGUACGGCAUCUCGGAUGCUGAAUUGCGCGUCUCCUGUGACUACGGUUGGAGAUGUUACAACUCCACUGAACCCAAUGAGGCAAUGGUUUCCAUCGAAUUUUCAGAAUCAAGUCCGUAUAGUUUCUCUGCACUGAACAAGUUUACUGUAGUUGGUUGCGAUGACUACGGUUCCAUCUUGGGGCCUAACAACUUUGAGUAUGGCUGCAAUGUCAGCUGUACAAGCAAAGAGGAUGUGAUGAAUGGAGGAGAGUGUAUGGGAAAAGGCUGUUGCCAGAAACAGAUACCCAAGGGCUUGAAAUACUAUAGCACAACCAUGUCUAGCACAAGAAACCAUACCGAUGUUUUGUCCUUCAAUUUAUGUGGGUAUGCGUUUCUGGGCGAGGCAGAUAGCUUCCAUUUCCGGGGCUUGCCAGAUCUAGGUGAUGAUUAUACUGUUGAUAUUUUUUAUGAGAGGUUAAAAGCCACUGUUCCCAUUGUGCUGGACUGGGCUAUCGGGAAUCUUACUUGCACACAAGCUCUGAAAAGAGAGGAUUAUGCUUGCAGUAAAAAUAGCGAGUGUGUUGAUUCGGAUACUGGUCUUGGUGGCUACCGCUGCAGCUGUAAUACAGGUUAUCAUGGCAAUCCUUAUCUCAAUCAAGGCUGCCAAGAUAUUGAUGAAUGUGCUGAUCCAAGCACCAAUACGUGUGAAAAGAUCUGCACAAACACCCCAGGGAGUUUCUAUUGUUCUUGCCCUGAUGGAUAUACCGAUGAUGGCAGCAAGGAUGGUCGUAGUUGUAUUCCUCCCAAUAAUCAGUUCCCAUGGAUCAAGUUCUCUCUAGGUAUCGGAAUCGGCUUUAUCUGCCUAGUGGUUGGGGUAACCUGGCUCUAUUUCAUCAUCAAUAAAAGAAAAUUGGUUAAAGGCAGAGAGAAGUUCUUCCAACAAAAUGGUGGUUUAUUAUUGAAACACAGAAUGUCUUCUAAAGAAAGCGGUGUGGAAGAAACAAAAAUUUUUACAGCUGAGGAGCUCAAGAAAGCUACAAACAAUUAUGCCGAUGAUAGAAUUCUUGGUCGUGGCGGCAAUGGGAUUGUGUAUAAAGGUGUGUUAGAUGAUACUCGCAUAGUUGCCAUUAAAAAAUCUAGAAUUGUGGACGAGAGUCAAAUAGACCAAUUUAUCAAUGAGGUAGUCAUUCUAACUCAAAUCAACCAUCGAAACGUGGUAAGACUCUUUGGAUGUUGUUUGGAAGAUGAAGUUCCUUUAUUGGUUUAUGAGUAUGUCUCUGAAGGAAAUCUUUUCGAGCACAUUCACAACCAACGUGGAGCGGGUUGGUUAACUUGGCAAAACCGUUUGAGAAUUGCAGCAGAGAUAGCCACUACACUUGCUUAUCUUCAUUCAUUUGCGUCCAUGCCUAUAAUUCAUAGGGAUGUCAAGUCCGCCAAUAUAUUGAUAGAUAAUGUUUACACAGCUAAAGUGGCAGAUUUUGGAGCUUCAAGAUUAAUUCCUUUGGAUCAAACACGUGUGGCUACUUUGGUUCUAGGGACAACAGGGUACUUGGAUCCUGAAUAUUUUCGCACAAGUCAACUGACUGAGAAAAGUGAUGUUUACAGCUUUGGAGUAGUUCUGGCAGAACUUUUGACAGGGUUGAAAUCUAUAUUUAAAGACAGAAACAAUGUGCAAAAGAAUUUGGCUGAUUAUUUUGUUUCAUCUGUGAAUAACAAUUGCUUAUUUCAAAUUCUUGAUCGUGUUUUGCAAGAAGAGAAUCUCGAGCAACUCCAAAAGAUGGCUGAGCUGGUGAAGAACUGUCUUCUGCCGCUUGGAGAAGAAAGGCCUACAAUGAAGGAAGUGGCUAUUGAACUUGAAGGUUUGAGGAAGUUAACUGGGAUCUCUUCGUUUAAUCAACAGAGGCAGGGAGAUAAUGAUCAGGAUGAACCAGUUACUUACACAGUGAAAGAAUCGAUGCAGAAAAAGCUUAGCAGGAUGGACCAACAUUGGAACUGGCCGGAAGCAACCGUUGAUUUGGCAUUAGAUCCCGUGAAUGCGAAGGUAGUGGCAGAUGGACCGCAACAUGAUGCUCGGGGUGUUGAAACUAUUGAAUGGUUGGUUGACAACAUGACGCAGCAGAGUACAGGUGAGGGAGUGGAACUGGUACAUGAAUCUAAUUGGGAUGUGGUGACGAAGAAAAAAUCUCCAAGUAUUGGAAUUGGUUCGCCUAUUAGUAACACAGUGCAACCAGUUGUAGAUAGUCAAACUAUUAAUUCAGGUGCUCGAGAAAUUGUUCCACAGGUUGUCAUGUGUUUCAACACUUUUGAUGCUCUUACGAAUAAUAUUAAUGUGCAUGAGAUCAAUUCAUCUCAAGUUAACUCUACAAAUGAAUUAGUUAUUUCUAAGGAAAAACAAGGUGUGACAAGUACUCUGAGAUGGAUAGAUAUAGCAGAUGAAGAGGAAGAACAAGUCACUUCUCCUCCUAUGCAAAAGAAAUUAAGCCCAACAGCUCCUGCUUUUGUGCCUAGUAGUGCUAAGUUAGUAACUCCCCAGCAAGGUUUGUCACCAUCAACAAAUGUUGCUGCAAUCUUAAGUGAUCAUUUGGUGAGUUCUAAUAUUGAAAAAUUGGCCUCACUUGCACCGAUUAACAUUAACAAACAACUUCAAGUUGGUGGUAGUAGUACUUUAUCCCCAAAUAAGUUUGCUAACCUAGAUGAUGAGGACAUCUCUGAGGAGGGUGAGGAAGGUGAGGAAGAGGAAAUGUUGGAUUACUGUUUUGCAAUUGUAGCUAGGAAUGUAGAUAUUUCUCCUGGUGUGGUUACAUUGGCACUAACCACGGCCCAAACCAACACUAAUACAACUUACACCAUCUCUGAAGGUGCCAUAGUCACAAAACCAGGAUGCGCUAAGCAGUGUGGAAACGUUACGGUUCCAUACCCAUUCGGUAUUGGCUCAGAUUGCGUCUUUAAUGUGAGGUUCGAGCUCAACUGUAACACAUCUGAUGAUGGUUCUCAGAAACUCAUCCUAGGAAGAAACAUUGUGGUUUACGACAUCUCCGAUGCUGAAUUCCGCAUCUCCAAUUCAUUCGGUUGGAGAUGUUACAACUCCAGUGGAGCUGUGAUCGAUGAAUCACUCGCUUGGACCACACUUAUAGAAUCUGGUCCGUAUAGUUUCUCUGCGCUGAACAGGCUUACUGUAGUUGGUUGCGAUGACUAUGCUUCCAUCACAGGGCCUAAUAACUUUGAGUAUGGCUGCAAUGUCAGCUGUACAAGCAGAGGGGAUGUGAUAGAAGGAGAGUGUAUUGGAAAAGGCUGCUGCCAGAAACAGAUACCCAAGGGCUUGAAAUCCUAUAACACAACCAUGUCUAGCACAAAAAACCAUACCGAUGUUUGGUCGUUUAAUUCAUGUGGGUUCGCAUUUCUGGGCGAGGCAGAUCACUUUCAUUUCCAGGGCUUGCCAGAUCUAGGUGAUGGUCUAACUGUUGAUUAUUUUUAUGAUAGGAUUAAGGAUAGUGUCCCCAUUGUGCUGGAUUGGGCCAUCGGGAGUCUUACUUGCACUCAAGCUCUGAAAAUCGAGAAUUAUGCUUGCAGUGAAAAUAGCUACUGCAUUGAUUCCGAUGCUGGUCUUGGUGGCUACCGCUGCAGCUGUAAUACAGGCUAUCAGGGCAAUCCUUAUCUCAAUCAAGGCUGCCAAGAUAUUGAUGAAUGUGCUGAUCCAAGCACCAAUUCGUGUGAAAAGAACUGCACAAACACCCUGGGGAGUUUCUAUUGUUCUUGCCCCGAUGGAUAUACCGAUGAUGGCAAAAAGGAUGGUCGUGGUUGUAUUCCUCCCGACUAUGAUCAAGAGUUCCCAUGGAUCAAGUUCUCUGUAGGUAUUGGAAUCGGCUUUAUCUCUUUAGUGGUUGGGAUAACCUGGCUCUAUUUCAGCAUCAAGAAAAGAAAAUUGAUUAGAGUCAGAGAGAAGUUCUUCCAACAAAAUGGUGGUUUAUUAUUGAAACAGAGAAUCUCCACUAAAGAGGGCGGUGUGGAAGUUACAAGAAUAUUUACAGCCGAGGAGCUCAAGAAAGCUACAAACAAUUAUGCCAAUGAUAGAAUUCUUGGUCGUGGUGGCAAUGGGAUUGUAUAUAAAGGUGUGCUACGUGACACUCGCAUAGUUGCCAUUAAGAAAUCUAGAAUUGUGGACGAGAGUCAAAUAGACCAAUUUAUCAAUGAAGUGGUCAUUCUUACUCAAAUCAACCAUCGAAACGUGGUAAGAUUCGUUGGGUGUUGUUUGGAAGAUGAAGUUCCUUUACUGGUUUAUGAGUAUGUCUCUGAAGGAACUCUUUACGAGCACAUUCACGCCCAACGUGGAGCGGGUUGGUUAACUUGGCAAAACCGUUUGAGAAUUGCAGCAGAGAUAGCCACUACACUUGCUUACCUUCACUCAUUUGCGUCCAUGCCUAUAAUUCAUAGGGAUGUUAAGUCUGCCAACAUAUUGUUAGAUAAUGUUUACACAGCUAAAGUGGCAGAUUUUGGGGCUUCAAAGUUAAUUCCUCUGGAUCAGUCACAUGUGGCUACAUCAGUUCUAGGGACAUCAGGGUACUUGGAUCCUGAAUAUUUUCGUACAAGUCAACUGACUGAGAAAAGUGAUGUUUACAGCUUUGGAGUACUUCUGGCAGAACUUUUGACAGGGUUGAAACCUGUAAUUAGAGAUGGAAACGAGGAGCAAAAGAAUUUGGCUGAUUAUUUUGCUUCAUCCAUGAAUAAGAAUCGCUUAUUUCAAAUUCUUGAUCGUCGUGUUUUGCAAGAAGGGAAUUUUGAGCAACUUCAAAAGAUGGCUGAGCUGGUGAAGAACUGUCUUAACUUGCAAGGAGAAGAUAGGCCUACAAUGAAGGAAGUGGCUAUUGAACUUGAAGGUUUGAGGACGUUUACUGGAAUCUCUUCGUUUAAUCAACAUGGACAGAGAGAUAAUAAUCAGGAUGAAUUAUCAGAUCUUUACGCAGUUCGCUUAGACUCCAUACCCCCAAUUUAG